CUUUAGUGCGGAGACAGAGAGCGGGAGAGGGAGGGCUGCGUGGCGUGAGGCAGUGCGUGCUCGCGAUGUUUAGGUGAAUCUACAGCCUUCUGCCUCACAACCGUAAAGCAGCCUCACUGAGUGCAUGCACAGCGGCAACGGACACCUCUUCCUCCUCCUGCUUUCCGUUUCCCCUCUCUCUCUCUCUCUUUCUGUUUCUCCUUGUUUCACCCGGCCGCCGGCGUCUUUACGUCUGUUCGUUUCCGUUCUCCUCUUUUGUUUUUCUCUCCUUCAUCCGUCUCGGCCCGGAAAGAAGGAAGGAGCAUCGGAGUUGAGAGGCAUAUCGUCCUGCAUGCCCAGCCGGUGUCGGGUGCUGAUGCUGUAACCAGCGCAGGGAGCUGAGAAGCCCUGGUUGAUGCAGUGAAGUGUUCCAGUGGGAUAAACACAAGCAAAGAAGGUAGGGAAACAAAAGACAGUGAGCAAAAACACAUUAUUUUUUGGACAGCCGGCUCUCUCGGCACAGCUGCUGAGUGGGUUUGACCCACAGGCCGGUGAGCGUCCCGUCACUCGAGGGCAGUUUGUGGUUUCCAGAAAGUCUCUCAGAGGGUACAGAGGAAGCUCAAAUUGGUGAGUUAAUAGAAGUUGGACUUGGCAAAGAGAGCGAGUGCUGUGUCUUUGCUCAGCUGCUGAGCUGUAACAGGAGGAUUCUUUCAGCGGGAGCUGAAAGGAGCCAGGAAGGCUUAGCUCAGCUGCUUGGCUCCCGGUGUGAACCAGGUCUGCUUUUCAUGCCCAUGUGGUCGCAGAGAUGUGUCUUCAUUGAGACUCGAGGAGGCCCCUCAGCUUGGUUCCUCCUCUUUGCUUCCCGGUUGCAUAAGAGGGAUUCUUUGCUCCACUUUCACUCUGGAUAUCUAGAGGUUGCGUCUGUUUGCAUGUAUGAGAAACUACUGCGACCAGAAGCCAGCGAUCGCACUUCCCGAUUCCAGGAAUGUUUUGCCUCAAUGCUCCAACAGUCAGUGAUCUAAUGACUAUUAUGCAAUGUGUGGCCCCUAUUGCCUUCCACCUCCUUCUUAGACGUCUUUGCACCCAAAGGCCACCAGCGAGACCGAGUGGCCCCCUGACGGAGAUGUCCUGUGACAAAAGAAGGCCAAGAAGUCGGGAGAGUGCUGCUCAGUGGUGAAAUGGAGAAGUGAGGCAGAAAGGAGAGCUGCAGGGAAUAUUUUUUGAGGAACCCAUUCUGGUGUCAGAAACUAAAAGAGAAAAUGAGAUUCUUAGUGCAACAGAAAUGUGAGUGGCGACAGAGAAGCAUCAGAAACAGGCAGAAAUUAACAGAGUCUCGGGUCUGCGGAGAAAACCUCAACGCUGCGCAGCAUCGCCCUCUGAACAAGGUGUGAACAAAGAAAGAAAGAACUGAGCAGCAUCCGGGUCGAAGCUAAUAGAGAAAACCACGGGGCUUUAAAUAGACGUCGAAAAGAGAAGUGCGAAGUGGACUUCACACUCAGAGGGAGGAAGAGAGACACAAGUACGAGUUUACAUCCAUCUCCAGAGAGGCGGCGAGUGGCAAACCGGAGCCGCUGGGGGACUCUGAGCUGGAAGAACUGGGGGAUUUACUCACAGUGACGCUUUCAGAAGGCACAACGAGAAAGUAAGACAGGAGGAGAGAGAGUUGGGGUGAAGAAACCAAGGAAGAGGAUCAGCACCGAGAGGAAGAGAGGGGGGCUCAUGGGAAACCUCCUGAAAGUGCUGGCUUGCGCCGAACUUGAGCAUGGGCCAAUAGUUUUCCUUGACUUUGAACAUGCCCAGCCCACCGAGGCGGAGACGGCCGUGUGGAACCAAGUCAGCGCAGUGCUGGAGGAGGCUCACGGGAUCCUGGCCGAGCUGCAGUCCUACAACGGCGCGGGGCAGGAGAUACGAGAGGCCAUCCAGAACCCGGGUGACCUCGCUCUGCAGGAGAAGGCUUGGAACGCUGUCUGCCCCCUGGUGGCCAAGCUGAAGAGGUUCUACGAGUUCUCCCUCCGAUUGGAGAACGCCCUGCGCAGCCUGCUGGAGGCGCUGACGAGCCCGCCCUACGCCCCCAUGCAGCACCUGGAGCGAGAGCAGGCGCUGGCCAAACAGUUUGCAGAGAUCCUUCAUUUCACGCUCAGCUUCGACGAACUAAAGAUGACAAACCCGGCCAUUCAGAACGACUUCAGCUACUACAGGAGGACUAUAAGCAGGAACAGGCUGAACAACCAGCAGCUGGACGCAGAGAACGAGGUGAACAAUGAGAUGGCCAAUCGGAUGUCUCUGUUCUACGCCGAGGCGACACCAAUGCUGAAGACCUUGAGUAACGCCACCACCAAGUUCGUUUCAGAGAACAAGACCCUGCCGAUAGAGGACACCACAGACUGCCUGAGCACCAUGGCAUGUGUGUGUCGUGUCAUGCUGGAGACUCCGGAGUACCGCUGCCGGUUCACCAACACAGACACCAUGCUGUUCUGCAUGAGGGUGAUGGUGGGCGUCAUCAUCCUCUACGACCACGUCCAUCCCGUCGGAGCCUUCGCCAAGACCUCCAAAAUCGACAUGAAGGGCUGCAUCAAGGUGCUGAAAGAGCAGCCGUCCAACAGCGUGGAGGGGCUUCUGAACGCACUGCGGUACACGACACGACAUCUAAACGAUGACAGCACCUCCAAACAAAUCAGAGCCCUGCUGCAAUGAAGGAACGCCAGAGGAGAGGGAGAAACGUCGGAGCGCACCUGAAGACGGAGGAGGGAGGGGGGGAAACAGACGCCAGAGGCCGAAAAAGCUGUUUGUUUACAACGGACGGAGAGAAGCAUCUCUGGGUCUGGAGCAACCUGAAGAGAAGAGGAAGAA